CUCGAUUGGAUGUGAUGGUAGCAACUGUUGUUAGGCAACCUGCCUAGGGAAGCUGGAUAAUCUUCAUGAUGGCUGGCCUAAUAGCAAGGAAAAACCAAGCAAAACUCGCCGAGCAGAUUUACAAGGGUACCCAUUUCUCCAGAAAUGAGGUUGAAAGACUACUUGACAUGUUUAGGAACCUAGUUCCUCAACAAAAGUGUAAAAUGGACAGGACCAAAUUCAGAACAGUUCUCCAUAAUACAUUCCAGAUGACAGAUGACAUACUAAUGGACAGAGUUUUUAAGGCAUUUGAUACAGAUAAUGACAGUGCCAUCAGCAUGAAGGAAUGGAUACUUGGACUUUCAAUAUUUCUACGAGGCUCCUUAACAGAGAGAAUGAAAUAUUGCUUUGAAGUCUAUGACUUAAAUGGCGAUGGAUACAUUCAGAGGGAAGAAAUGUUUCACAUGCUCAAAAAUUGUCUAAUUAAGCAACCAACAGAAGAGGAUCCAGAUGAAGGUGUUAGGGAUUUGGUGGAAACUACAUUAAAACUGAUGGACUUGGAUAAAGAUGGAAGGCUUUCUUUUGAAGAUUAUAGAAAAUCUGUGGAACAGGAUAAUCUCUUAUUGGAAGCAUUUGGUCAGUGUUUGCCUGAUGCCAAGUAUGUUCAGAACUUCAGUGAAUUGUUUGCUGAUUGAUUGGUGGACCAUCAAGGCAUAAUGGAGAAAUAACAAGAACUGUUAUGGGUUUUUAAAGCUCUACUUUAUCUCUUAAAUGGAUUAUGCUGACCCAUGGUUGAUAACUAAUUGAUUGCUUGGAGUUGUUAGUAUCCCUUUGUUGAACUAAAAUGUAUCAUUGGCAAACCACUGUAUAUUGCCAAACAUCCCACUGUCUCUUUCCCAUUUCACAGGAUUAACUCCACAUCAUGUUUUGGUGUAAAUAAAUUAUUCUUUGAAAUUAUUAUCAUUUUGUAAUUAAUGUAUGUUAUUUUCAUGAAAUAUGGAUCCUAGAAAA